GUGGGUCUGUUUCUUCCUGUUAGAAACCAGUUUUUUUAACGUCCCAUUUUAUUGUUUAAAGAAGGAAAACUUUAGCGAGCACCCUGUUGCUUGCCUUUGUGCUCAUACACUGAACGCACAUAACGAAGGAGUGAAGUCCAGAUGAAUUUGUUUAACUGUUUUUUUUUUCGUCGGCUGACGGGAGGUGGAGCUUCUGGCAAAGUAUUCUCUUUCAAAACUUUUUCCACCUCCCCGCUGAAGUUCGCAGCACACUUCAUCUUCACAUUCGUAGUGCCUACUGCUUGCCUGGAGGGCUGUCAUCACGCUUAAUGUUCGAAAGCUAAAGGACUACAUUUUAAACACAUUUUUCUUAUUAUGUCUGUUCUUUUCCCGUGAGCGUGUGUCUGCGUAUGACUGUCGGCCGUAGUUCGCGGAUAUUGCAGAGCGAUCCCAAAGUGGUCAGACCAAGGGGAGUAAAAAGUCAGCAUCACAAUGAAAGCUAUUAACCUGGACACCUACAGCCUGUCACUGCUCACGGCCAAAGAGGACAUUCUCAACCCCCGCUCGUCAACCAACUGGGCUCUGUUUAACUAUGAUGGGGCCACCAACAACCUCAAGCUCUCCGACUCUGGAGCAGGCGGCCUGUCGGAGUUGGCGGAGAAGUUUCACGAGAGCAGGCCCCUGUACGGGCUGUGCCGGAUGGCACCGCUGGAGUCGGGGCAGCGGCGCAUCGUCUUGAUCGCCUGGGUGGGGGAAGGGGUGGGAGAACAGCGCAGAGAGGAGUGCAUCAGUCACAUCCCCGCCAUCAAGGCCUUCUUCAAGGAGGCCAAUGCUUUUAUCACCGCUAACUGCCUGGAUGAUGUGGCGGAGGAGAGAAUUAACAUCAUCAUUAGCAAGACGGGAGCCCCGCCAGAGAGAAUCAAGAGGAGCCCUCGGGCUGUGGAUAAGGAGGAGACUGUGGGAACGAACUACAGGAAGACAAACGCUGCCAUGGAGAUGCACAGAAUCAACAGAGAGUCCUUCUGGGCACGUGCAGAGCGCGAGGAAGAGGAGAGGAAAGAGGAAGAGCGGCGGCGGGCUGCGGAGGACAGGCGGAGGCUGGAGAAGGAGAGGGUUCUGCAGGAGCGCAGGGAGGCGGAGGAGAGGGACAGGAAGAUGGAGGAGAAACUGCAGAUGAUAGAGGAGCAGAGGAGACUGCAGGCCAAGCAGGAUGCUGAGAUGCGGAAGCAGGAGAAAUCCAAAUGGGAGCAGCAGCAGAGGGAGCACGAGGAAGACAUGAGAGCCCGUUUCAGACGCAGCGAGUCCAUCGAGAAAGCAGCAGAGGCAGCAGCGCUCGUGUCUCAGCGUUCCAUGAAUCCGCGAGAGUUCUUCAGACAGCUGUCCUCAUCAUCAAUGAGCUCCACCAGCCCAGGCUCUCCACGCACAGUCAAGCCCCCGUUCCGCCGGUACCAGCGCAGUUUGACGGACACGGCCUUCAUCUUCGGGAGGGCCGACACCCCAAGCUCCCCCCGCAGCCCCCCCUUGGGUUCCCCCUUCAGCCGCACUCCCACCUCCCCCUUCCCGAGACCCAUUUCCCCCAACAGCCCCAUGUUCUUCCCCUCCAACUCCACCCAGCGCUCCCCCCCAAGCUCGUCCCUGCCCAAACCCCCCCGUCCCACACCGGCCCAGCCUGACAGCCCGCCUCGGCCUGCUGCUCCCUCUCAGCCCCUCCCCCUGUCCCCUGCUGCCCCGCCUACAGUGGCCCCCACCUCUCCAGACCCCCGUGCCAGCCUGGACUCGCCCUCCCUACGGGGGGCACCCACUGCACCCCUCCCUGAUGCACCAGCGGUAUCGUCAUUGGAACGAAGUGACGUGUACGUGGCCACCCGCAUGCUGAGCGACCUGGAACCAGAGGCCGACCUGACGGUACAGGCCCUGCUGGUGGACACCAGUAUCGCCCCCGUUGCUGAGGAAGAGGAAGAGGAGGAGGAAGAGCUCCUCACAGAGGAGGCUACUGAUGCAGUGGACACGAACCGACCCACGCCGCAGGAGGAAGCUGUCCAUCCAGCCAAUGGGAUGAACGGCGGGGAGGAUAUCAUCGAGACCGCAGAACGGAAUGGCACAGAACGGUCCGUUAGUCCCUCUGAAAAAGCCCUGUCGCCCCGUGUCCCGAGGCAUGAUGGGACGGGAGAUGACAUCAUCACCGAGAACACAGAGAAUGGGGAAGAGGUCUCUCUAGAUGGGCAGUUGUGUGUGCGGGCUCUCUAUGACUACCAAGCUGGGGACGAAUCAGAGCUCUCCCUGGAGCCUGGCGACAUCAUCAGCGACGUGGAGGCCGUGGACAAAGCCUGGUGGAGGGGCUGCAGCAAAGAUGGCCGCCAAGGGCUCUUCCCAGCGAAUUACGUGGAGACCAUCUAAGAGAGAGUAUCACGAGGCUCCUGCAAUGCUCUUACAGGCAGACAGACACACACACACACACACACACAACACAUACAUAAACACACACGCGCAUGCACACACAUACACAUGCACACACACACAUACUUUCUCUCUCUUCCUCAGGGACUAGGAACAGUGGUGAGACCAUACUAUAGACUGACCAACACUAAGGUGUUCUGCAUUCAAGAUUUCAGAUCAGCCAUGACACCCACCAACCUACCAGAUCCCGUGUUAAAGACGCACAUAUUUCAGGACACUAUGAAAAUGGUGUAGCUAUGGCAUCCAGAGGGGACUACGACAUUCCAGCGCUCUUCUGAUUGGUGCUGAACACACUCCUGGCCUCUAAGGGUCUAGCUUGUGGACUGGGUGAAGUAAUGGCAAAACAGCUCGCAUCAUCUGAGAUCACUUUUUGGGGUAUGACAUCAGAGCAAGGUCAUAAUUUUUCCUAUCCUCAUAUGAAGCCAAAAUUAUUCUAUUCUGAGAAUUAGGCUUUGCAGAGACGCAGCAACAGGCAUGCUGCUUCACAACAGUCCAGCAGACAGAGGCAUUUGACUGGUCACUCCCAGCCAAUGGGAUGAUACCGUGGAACACUUUGAGUAAAACAGUGAUGACGUCGCUGCAGUUAUGCUGCAGUCUCUCUCCCUUUUCCUCCUGCAUCAAUGCAGAGAAAUGUAUCUGCAGUACAUGCAGAUGGCGCAUGCAGGAGGUCAGAGGUCACAACAAGCUCAGAUGCUGCUCAUCUGAUACAUGUCCACAGACAAUGAGUCUCGAAGAGGGGUUGGAUACCAUAUUAGUUAUCAUUUUGGUCAUGGUGAUAUUGUUCUUCCCUGGGCUAAUUUUAGUAUACCUUUUCUUUUUUAUUUGUUUAAGAUUGUUAUAAUGAAUUCCCUCUGUUCUGAAUAUGCUGUAGCUGUCUUUAUGCUGCCGUGGCUUGUCUUUCUAGUCUGUCUUCCUGUUCCAAUAAUUCUCCAUCAUUCUUGUUCGUGUGUCUAUUCUGAAAUGUGCACUAACAAGGUGAUCAGCUUAUUUCACAUGCAAGGAGGGCAGCUUGGGAAAUAUGACCGCCCCAAAGCCGAGAAGAAUAUCUAUCAAAAUAUGCAUGCAUUUGCCAUCAGCGUUUUGUUGGAUUACCUAUCUAGUUCAGUCUGUUAAAAUUGUUAUUUGGCUUGGUUGACAUGGUUAUUUGGCUUGGUUGACAUCCUUUUGAGAUGACAUCAUUAAUCAUAACUUGGCAUUGUAAGCUAUGAUCAGGUCUUUCUACUCAUUGUCUAAAUUUAGAAUGAUGUGCCUAUCUGAAGAAUGUGUGUUUGGUAGUUUGCGGUUCUCCAUGCACACGAUACAUAUUCUUGCUAUACAAACUUGGGCGUGUUUGUUUGGGCUAAUUUAUACAGUACUGUAAACUGUUCUGCUCUGCAGGAAAUUAUAUUACUUUUCAUUUGCUUGCUGCAUACUUAGCUAAUCUGUGUGUAUGUCACAUCUACAGAUGAAAAGGUUCACUUUCUGAUUUCAGAUUCAUUUUAUUAUAAUAAUAAUACUAAUAAUAAUAAUAAUAAUAAUAAUAACUUUAUUUAUAUAACACUUAUCAAUACAUAAGUGCAAAGUGUUGUACAAUGAAAAUUAAAAUUAAAAAAAGCAAUUAAAUACAUGAAUUAAUAGCAAGUCUCAAAUAAUGAGUGAUUUAAAUGAGGACACAGACUUCGCAAGUCGAAUCUCCUUAGGCUGGUCAUACCAAUAUCUAGAGGCCCUGGCAAAAAAGGCCCAGUCACCCAAGUCUUACGCCGAGACAGUGGAACAGCCAGGAGAGCUCUACCUGAGGAUCUCGGACUGUGUUUAGGUGUGAAAGGGUCAGUACUGUAGCAGGACCACAGCAUCCUUUAAAAGUGAUCAAUAGAAUCUUUAAAUGAAUCCUGAAUUGUACAAAAACACGUUUUCGUAUCGUGGCAGGACUUCUUUCCUUCCUGCAAGCAGUGCAAGUGCUCUUCAGUCCCCUUUACUGCCCAGCCAUGACUUUCUUGAACACACGUUGUGCAGCCAUAAGAAACAGUUCCAACUGAAAUGCCACUGUACAAGCUGCUUGACUUGAAGGGUAUUUUCUCAUUUUAGACCACAAAUCCAUCAAUGCCCUGAUGCCCACGAUUGUAAAGUCAGCAGAUCACCAAAAACUAGUGAAAGUAUCUAAAAUAUGCUUGAUCACACACAAAAACCUUAAUAAAAUGUACAUAUAAACUGCAGUUAUAUCAACAAACUCCAGAAAGUGAACUAUCCUAUUAUCCUCUUGUUAUAUGUUGUCUUCUGUUGGCAACGUGUUAUAGUAAAGGCAUGUUUUAUGAAACACGGCUGUAAAUGUAAAGAGAUUUUUUGCAGUUCAAAUGUGGUAUUCAUCUGGGGAAUGCUGAUUCUGUUAGUUAUAAAUUAAAAAGCCUUCUUAUUGUAAUUACAAAGAGUAGCACCACACCGCCCCUGCAUAAAGAUUGAUGCAUUUUGUUUUUCAAGCAGAAAACUUUGGUAAUCCUUAACAUGUUUACAUUUCUUUAGAGAGGACAUUGAGAGAACUUCUUGAGAGAACACAUUACCUUAUUCUUCAUGAACUGAGGAUCGCAAACAGGAAACUUGUUUGAGGAAACUUGUUUUUAACGUGUUCAUAGUUCCAGUCAUUGUUUGAUAUUUUCUCAGCCGAGACCCGCCCUAGUGAGUUUGUAGCAGGAUUUUUUUUUUGUUGUUGAAAUAUUUAAGUGAUUCCAAAAUUAAAGAAUACAUAAUUGACAUUGCCUUGGGGAGCUGCCUGAUUUCUUAGCUCUGUAGCCAUUGGAAGGAUUAGGGUACAUGCUCUGUAGGAGGGGGGGAGGGGGGGAGGGGGCAGUGCACUGAGAAGCACCGCUGCAGCAUGCAUCAUGGAUCCAAACGCCUUUUCUUCUUCCUUCACCAUAAAACCAAUAGUUUAUUGUCAACAACAGCCUCUGCCCUCAUGCCGUAUUGGUGUGUGUGUGUGUGCGUGUGUGUGCGUGCAUGAGUGUGUGCGUGCACGCGUGUGUGUGCGUGCGUGCGUAGGGAAUGCUGCGAAUCUUAGUAUCCUGAAAUUAAUUUGCUUCGCAUAAAACAAUUACGCAAAUUAAUUUUAUCUCAGAAGUUGCCUGAAUGUGAAGACCGUUAUAGCCGUUAAUGCGAUGUGUGGGCAUGCAAAUCCCAGUAAGUGGCCUUUUAAGUGCUUUCUAGGUCAGUGUUCCCUCUCGUGAAAAAUGAAUUGCCUUUGCUCUGUGCGCGAGGGCUCCAGGCCCACCAGCUAGUGGGGUGAGCUGGUGGGAAGAGGUGAUAAAAUAUUAAUUCUUCAAGGAAUUUCAAGUGUUUUUAAAGAUAUUAGUCUAUGGUCGAAAUAAUGGUUUCAGUGCCUCAACAGUGAAAUAAUAAGUUUGCUAUAAAAGGAGCAAGGAUCACAGAACAUUAAAUAUUGAAAACACAGUUCCCUGAAUUCCAAACCAUCUUGUGAACCAAAACACGCUAACGUUUUGGAUAGUCAGUUUUUUUUAAUCAGAAAAAAAAAGACAGUGUAAAUCGAGCAUUAGAUAAAGCAGACUUUUAAAAAUGUAUGGAUGCAUUUUUCUAUUGCUUUUAUGAAUGAACAGUGACAAUGACAUGUGAUACAAGAAAUAUACUGUCCAUUUUGUAUAUUGACACACUUUAUGGUGAAAUGUGGGGCCCAAAUUAUUUUUAUUCCUAUAGAAAUAUAAAGUAUAUUUCAUUUAAUUGUGCUCUGGAUUAGGAGAUGUAGUGGAAUGGACUGCAAUACUAUUUUGAGGUCAAUCAGAUCUUGUUUGGGUGUGCUUUCCUCUUGACUGUUUCAUGUGUAUAAUGGUUUUUUAUUUCAAUUGUAUUUUUAAUUAAAAGAUCACCAGAUCACCUGGUUUUUCGCAGUCCCAAAUGCCAUAAAGUAAACCUUGUGUUUGGAAUUCUUCAUUCUAUCAUUCUUUGACAGUUUUAAAUGUAUUCAACGCAUUUUUUGCAAACAUGAUGCAUUCAUAGUUAUAGUCUUUUUUUUCUUCUGUUUUUUGCGACUGACUUGUAAUUUAACAUUCCUGGCUAUUCCACUGAAUAAAAUGCACCUUAUGGCAUAUGAAAUGUAUUUAUGCUUUCACACUGCAUAGCCAUUUUGUAAAUUCUAUAUCCCUUUUCACUCGCCAUCUAUAAAAUUAAUCAGAUUUUUUUUUUUGCUUUUUUAUCAGCCCUUCCUUUGAAAAUCUUUUAUUUCUUUUAGAAUGCAUAAAUAUGUGUAUGCAAUAUUUGGUUUUAUCGUGUGUGAGCUAUUUACUGCACUGAUUUGCCCUUGUCUCAUGAUGGAAACUGCAUGGACUUUCACUGCCCCUUGUUAUGUCAUUGGUUCCUAUCGUUUUCUGUCAUGCAAUCAUGUGGUAAAAUAAACGCAAACAACUCUGAA